AUGGCACCCCACGCGAUAGACGAGACUGGUUCGGGUCAUCUUGUUGACAAUUCCACAAGUCACAAGCAGUCUACCAUUGCCCAAUUGAUAGAUGCCCUCUCUCUGGACGAGAAAUGCAAUCUGCUCUCGGGGGCGAAUAUGUGGGAAACGCACGCCAUUCCACGCCUCGGAAUCCGAUCCCUCAAGACGACGGACGGGCCCGCUGGAGUGAGAGGUUCAAGGUGGACGGAUGGGACGCACACAACGCAGAUCCCCUGUGGUAUCUCUCUCGGUGCAACGUUCAACCCCGAGGUUGUCCGUCGUGUUGGGAAGAUCUUGGGCUCAGAGACUAAGAGAAAGAGAGCGCACGUGCUUCUGGCGCCCACCAUGAACAUAUCCAGAUCUCCAUUUGGCGGCCGCAACUUCGAGAACUUUGGCGAAGACCCCUUGUUGACUGGUAUUUUGGCGAGCGCGUACAUUGACGGUGUCCAAAGCGAAGGUGUGGGCGCUUGUAUGAAACACUAUGUUGCCAACGACCAAGAAACAAGGAGAUUUAAUAUGGAUGAGAAGAUCGACGAGCGCACUCUUCGGGAAAUUUACUUGAAGCCCUUUCACAUGGCACUGUCCGUGAAUCCCUGGACAGCGAUGACGGCAUACCCCAAGGUCAACGGGGAGCACGUGGACAUGAGUCAACAUCUGGUGAAAAACAUCCUUCGUGAGGAAUGGGGUUACAAUAACCUGACGAUGAGCGACUGGGGAGGUCUCAACGAUACGGUGGAGAGCAUCUUGGCCACUACGGACCUGGAGAUGCCUGGACCACCAAUGAGAUACGGACGAGCUCUAAAGGACGCAGUUAUCAAUGGAGACGUAUCCGAGAAGCGUCACAUAAACCCCUCGGUGGAGCGGGUGCUGAAGCUUCUGGCCAAGGUAGGGAGGCUUCAGGGUCCUGGAGCUGCCGUCGCCGAAGACCAUUCAAGCGAAGCUACUAGGUGUGAAGAAGGCGAGGAGGAGUUUGACGAUCCAAAGACCCACCAAACAGUCAGGGAAGCUGCGGGAGAGGGCAUCGUUCUUCUCAAAAACGACUCCGGCGCACUUCCUCUAGCACCAGCCAGGCUGAAGAGACUUGCCAUCAUUGGGCCGAACGCCAAGUAUCCGACCACUGGAGGAACGGGGAGCGCCAUUGUGAAUCCAUACUAUGUCACCAACCCUUACCAGUCCAUCGUGGAUGCUUCGAAAAGCAUAAAUCCUGACUUGGAAGUGCUCUACGAGCGAGGCAUCUUCACUCAUUUGCAGCCCCCCCUAUUGGGUGACUGCCUCGUAGCCCCAAAUACGAAACAGCCUGGGAUGCAGGUCGAUUUCUUCGAUAGCGAGAGAUUUGAGGGCCCUAUCGUUGCCACGACAAACUGGCACGAUUCCCUCGUGUACUUUAUGAGCGACGGGGACGUUCCGCUUUCCCUUCGGGGCACCAAGUACACCUACAGAGCAACGGGCAUUCUCCGGCCCAGUGUUACCGGCACAUACGACUUCAGUUUCUCGAGUACGGGUAAGGCUAAGCUUUUCAUCGACGGGGAUCUGGUCAUCGACAACACAGAGUGGACACAGAUUAGCGGAAAUUUCAUGAAUUGCGGCAGCGUUGAGAAGUUUGCAAGCCGCGAGCUCGAGGCUGGCAGGUCGUAUAUUGUGUCUGUGGACAACUUGGUCGUCCCACCCCCUACUCCUGCGCACGACAACACUCUCUUCCACAAAAUAUCUGGAGUCCGUAUAGGAAUGCUCUACCACCAUGAUACGGACGCCAUGUUUAGAAACGCCGUUGCCACAGCAAGCUCUGCUGAUGCUGCCAUACUUGUGGUGGGACACAACAACGACACAGAACGCGAGGGGUCAGACCGCACAUCACUUGCCCUCCCUGGGCGUACUGAUGAACUGAUCCGGGCUAUAUGCGCCGUCAACAAACACGUCGUCGUCGUCACACAGUCAGCGUGUGCCAUUUCCAUGCCUUGGGCAGCGGAACCCGCCGCCAUCGUUCACGCGUGGUACCAGGGACAAGAGUGCGGCAACGCAAUAGCCGACGUGAUUCUGGGCGCCGUGAAUCCUUCCGGGAAGCUACCCGUGUCAUUUCCCAACCGCAUAGAGGAUCACGGCUCAUAUGAGUGGUUCCCAGGCGACGCGGCGUCUGAUCAGGCACAGUAUGGCGAAGGUGUGCUGGUGGGAUAUCGGUGGUUUGAUGCUAAGGGACUGGAGCCUUUGUGGCCGUUCGGAUUUGGUUUGAGUUACACAUCCUUUGCGAUCUCGAACAUAUCGACCCAAGGCGGUAUUGAUUCUAGUGGCUCUGGAACUAUUCUUCUUACAAUGACGGUCACAAACGUCGGCAGGGUACAAGGAAGCGAAGUCAUUCAGGUAUAUACUUCCCCCUCGCCUGUUUUGAAGGAGCUCGGUCUAUCAGCACCUCCAAAGUCCUUAGCCUCUUUUGUCAAGAUAGGCCUUGAUGCGGGAGAGUCCAGAGAGGUACAAAUUCCAGUGCAAGGAGACUCUUUUGCCUGGUACGCUGCCGAAGAUACUGGCACGGCCAGACGGGGCUGGAGGGUGGAUCCUGGCGGGUACAUUUGUUUCAUUGGCACGAGCUCCCGUCACAUUGUGUCGGAGGUGAGCAUCUCAAUAGGGUGA